AUGGAAAAGAAAAAUCACACCAAUAUCUCUGAAUUUCUCCUCCUGGGCUUCUCAAGUUGGCAACAACAGCAGGUACUACUCUUUGUACUUUUCCUGUGUCUCUAUUUAACAGGGCUGUUUGGAAACUUACUCAUCUUGCUGGCCAUUGGCUCAGAUCAUUGCCUCCACACACCCAUGUAUUUCUUCGUUGCCAAUCUGUCCUAGGUAGACCUCUGCCUUCCCUCAGCCACAGUCCCCAAGAUGCUACUGAACAUCCAAACCCAAACUCAAACCAUCUCCUAUCCCGGCUGCCUGGCUCAGAUGUAUUUCUCUAUGAUGUUUGCCAACAUGGACAAUUUUCUUCUCACCGUGAUGGCAUAUGACCGUUAUGUGGCCAUCUGUCACCCUUUACAUUACUCCACCAUUAUGGCCCCGCGCCUCUGUGCCUCUCUGGUAGCCGUACCUUGGGUCAUUGCCAUUUUGAACCCUCUCUUGCACACUCUUAUGAUGGCCCAUCUGCACUUCUGCUCUGAUAAUGUUAUCCACCAUUUCUUCUGUGAUAUCAACUCUCUCCUCCCUCUGUCCUGUUCUGACACCAGUCUUAAUCAGUUGAGUGUUCUGGCUACGGUGGGGCUGAUCUUUGUGGUUCCUUCAGUGUGUAUCCUGGUAUCCUAUAUCCUCAUUGUUUCUGCUGUGAUGAAAGUCCCUUCUGCCCAAGGAAAACUCAAAGCUUUCUCUACCUGUGGAUCUCACCUUGCCUUGGUCAUUCUUUUCUAUGGAGCAAUCACAGGGGUCUACAUGAGCCCCUUAUCCAAUCACUCUGCUGAAAAAGACUCAGCUGCAUCAGUCAUUUUUAUGGUUGUAGCGCCUGUAUUGAAUCCAUUCAUUUACAGUUUAAGAAACAAUGAACUGAAGGGGACUUUAAAAAAGACCCUAAGCUACAGAAAAAUCUUCUCCUAG